AAAGUACGAUGCCCAAACACUGUCCGAACGCAGCAAUAUGAUUAACAUAAACUCGUGUUAGGAGAACACAUCAACUAAAUGGGCAUUUGUCACAUUUGAGGUGAUAAACACCCACAAUUAUAAAAGAAGAAACAUACUGCAUGCUCACGAGAUCAUACUGAAAGAUUGAUUGCUUUUGUUCUGUUGGGAAGACUCAGUGGACUCCUGGAUUUCUCUGAAGAUGGAUGGAGAGCGCAGUCGGAAUAAAGGGCGUCUCGAGGCCAGUUUGACAUGGCUGUGUGAGCUGGAAAUGUUAAAGCAGCGGCAGGAGAGUCUGAUCAUAGGCGCAUUGUCGCUCGGGGACACAGUGCCUGGAUGCCCGGCGUGGGGUGAUGUCGGUCCGGCCCGCAGCAGCAGAGAGCACGAGCAGCUGACCUUAAGACGACAGCUGAAUCGGCUCCAGGGUGCCCCCAGCCUGCUAAUGCUGACACUGCAGCAGCAGCUCAGUGAGUUGAGGGUGGAUACAGGACUCGCAUGUGAGCAGAAUACAGAGGAGGAUUUGGACAGUCCCAGUGCAUCUAGUUCAGGGUUUUACGACCAGAGUGAGAGUCUGUCUCCACUGCAUACCUGUUCCAUGCCAAACCUUGCAGUCUCCUUUCACAGGCCCAGAUCAAUGGAUGCCUACAUGCUGGACUGGGAGGUUCAUAUGGAGCCCCCAAUACAUGUCACCCUCCCCCGCUCAUUUUCUGCCCCAUACCCCACUCUAGAGGGUAUUGCUGAGGGAAUAGAGGAAGAGGAGGAGGAAGAAAGCUAUCAGUGGACUACAGAUCAGAUGGUGGCAGUAGGGUCAAUGGCUAAUGGUAAUGGAAAACUUACGCCUAAGAUUAGCAUCACUACUGAUGCUGAGGCAGACCCUACAGAGAAGAUAGAUGAUGGCCCAAUGGCAGAAGACAUCCAGCAGGCCAUGCGUACAGAGGCGUACAUCCUGGGUCUCCUGCAGCAUCGACACCUUAGAUCUACACCAGAACUGGACUCUGAUCCCAAUCAGUGGCAACACUUACACACACACCCACCCAGUUACCCUAACUGUCCAGACCUUCCACUUGAUCAACCAGAAUGGCAGAAUUGGGCAGCUCUCUCAGAGGAAGAGAAUGAGAGGGAAGCUCAGGGGGGAUAUUACAGGAACCUUACUAAUGUCCAAAUUGGACCAACUUCCAUGAGCAUUGAGGAGCCAGAAUCCUCUUUAGAAAUUGAUCAGUAUAGAGUUGCAGAAGUACCCACCAGCAACGAUGAGUUGGACUCACCUCUGCAUCAACGUAGUUACCUUGAACACAACCCCACAAAGCCACAAUACAUUCACACCUGCUGCAAUCAUACCUGCACAUCUAUGUCAUCAACUCCAGAGUCUUGUGAGCAACACCAGCCCCUCACUUCUCAAGAGUGGACUCUUCUUCGGCCCCUAGUCAGAAGGGGUUCAGAAGAAAGGUGGACAUCCACAGGACACGAACACACCAAGACAACCAGCCACUCUCGGUCAGAGAACAGUGGCCUCUCUCCAGGAAGGGCCACCCAACCUGAGCACAAAUACUUUACAGUGGGACGAGACAUGGGCAGUCACCGCAGUAAAAAAGUUUACCCAUCGAGUCAGCGCCUCUGGGUCUCCUCGUCAGAUCUCAGUCAAGAGGAGGAGGAGGGAAUAUCUAGAGAGGAGGCUUGUGAGCUCAGACAUAACCGUUUACCUGUUCACAGCCUCAAACACGCCUGUGUUAAGUUCAAGGAGCAGGACCAUAGGUUUGGGAAGGGGUUGGAGGCAGGUAUUGCACCAACCGAUGAUUCAAACUCCAGUCUAAGUGAGAGUUUCUCCCCAGGGACCAGUUCGGUGUCUAGUGACUCAGAUGAGAGUGGAGGGCUGGUCUGGCCACAGCAGUUGCCCCCUCGUUUGCCUCCUCCCUCCUCCUCACAGAACCCUUCCAAUGCUGUGGUCAAGAUUAAAGCCUCGCAUGCACUCAAAAAGAAGAUCAUGCGUUUUCGCUCAGGCUCGCUCAAACUUAUGACCACUGUCUGAGUCUGGCAACCCCAUGUAGAUCAGGUUAAAGAAAAUCUCUGCCCUUUUCUUGGCACAUGCUGACAUUUUUUUGUAUUACAUUUUUUACAGCUUUAUAAGAGUGCUCGAUCUUAUUUGAAGGAGUUGUGCACCACCAUUCAUCAAAAACUUUAGGGUUAGCAUUUGUUCACAUCAUUAUGUUACUUUAAGUUAUGAUUUGUUGCCCAACCUCAACUCUGACCCCGUUUACACCUGGUGUUAAGAUGUGUUUCGGGUGAUCCUAUCACAGGUGGUAAGCGACCCUUUAAGCAACCAGGUCUAAACAGCGAUUUGUCUCACCUGACCACAUGUGAUCGGAUCACCCGAGAUGCAUCUAAUGCUGCCUUCAUGUGCUAUCAGUAUUAUCAUACUUCCCACUUCUGAAGUAGUUAUUAUGAGUACGUCGAGUUCAAGUGCUUUGUUGUCGGAAAAAACGUUCAUUCAUAUGUUUCUUUUAUUUUGGCACCAUAAAAAGUAUUACUCCGCUUGCUGACGAUAAUGGAAUUUUGAUCAAAUACAAUCUAUUUUUAUGGUGUGAAAAUGUACAACAUGCAUCAAAUGGUUGCUGAUAUACAUAAAUGAAUAUGACCAAAAUGGUAAGCGCUAACAAUUAGCUCUAUUUUGAAAAAUGAAUAAAACCAUUCACUACCAUUCACUACAGAAACUGUACUCUCCUCUGCCAUGUUGAAAGUUUAGGACUCCAGCCAUCUUGGAAACUCGGGUAUCAAAAUUAUCUCUGAGUUUCCCAGUAAUAAUUAUGACUUGAGGGGUCGUUCAUGUGCAACUUCCGAGUGGGAAACUCGUAUUUAUGAUAAUUCCGAUAGCACUUAAAGGCAGCAUAAUACCAGAUGUAAACGGGGUCAAAUCAUAUAAAAUCAAAUCCCUUUAUUGUCACUCAACCAUAUACACAAGUGCAACAGAGGGUGAAAGUCUUGGGGGCAGUUCCAAGCAACAUAGCAGUAUGACAAUUACAAUAAACAUCUGAUUUACACAUAACACAGUUUUCACAAUAUACAGUAUA